UACUCUCAACAAUCUUCAGAAAUAUACUCACUUCGCACGCCUUCUAAAAAUCUCUCAACAGCCACAUCAAACUCUUGAGCCCACUGUGACAAUGGAUGUGGUGAAUGUAUUGAUUCAAGAAAAGCCAGUGGUGAUUUUCAGCAAGAGUUCUUGCUGCAUGAGCCACUCUGUCGAGACACUUAUACGAGGAUUUGGAGCGAAUCCAACAGUUUAUGACCUCGACAGAAUUCCAAAUGGACAACAAAUUGAAAGGGCAUUAAUGCAGCUUGGGUUUCGAGAGAGUGUACCUGCUGUGUUCAUAGGCCAACAGCUGGUUGGUAAUGAAAGGAAUGUGAUGAGCCUACAUAUUCAGAACCAGCUAGUCCCAUUGCUUAUACAAGCAGGUGCUAUUUGGAUUUAGAAUAAGUUGUUUCUCCCUGACACAGGACAUGGAUCAUGUCAUCCAGCUCAACAUUUAGAUAAGCUACUAGUUUUUUUUUUUUCCUUUUCUUCUUUUCCGAGAAGCAGAAAAUAAUAAGAGGCAUGGUUCAGAACCUGUUUCAGUUUUUAAUUUA